AUGCAAACAGUAAAGUCUCUCGCAAAGCUUUCCGAUAUGCGCCCAGUGGAUGGAGAUAUAACUGCAUUUGAAAAUUAUGCUAAUCACCUCUAUGUGGGCACCAACACUGGUUGCUUGCUCUACCUUCAAGUUGAGGGUCUGAUGGAAUAUGAUAUGCGCUCCGCAGAGGCUGAGUGUUCUGGUAGUGAGGAUGGUGUUAACCCUCCUCCAACCUCGACAAGCACAUCAUUGAGUGAGUUAUAUGAUGACAAGCUCAGCGAGGAGGAGGAGGACAUUGAGAAUGACAUGGUACAUAAGUCAAUCUACACAAGCUUUUUGGCGUUCACACGCUUUCCUGAAUCAACUUUAACACCCAUUACACAGAUUCAACACUGUCAAAGCCACCCUCUUAUUUUUGUUCUCUGCAAUCAACGUCUCUGUGCGUUCAAUGCAUUCGACUUAACCUACCUAUUCGAUGUUCCAGGUUGUAUUGGUGCCUUUUUUAUUUAUCUCGUUGAACCCAGCCACACUGAUGAGACUUGCGAGGGGCAGCCGUCUAUGGCUCGCACUAACGGCACAGACGAAACAGCUCUGGAUGAGUUUCUGACUGAAGAAACAGCGACCCACAUCAUUUAUGCCGCACCGCACUCUGAGAAGAGCCUUUUUGUUUAUGAAGUUGACAUGAACCGGGGUCAACUUAUCAGACCGGUGCUCAAACAGGAGUUUCCGCUUCCGGAGCCUGCCCUAACGCUGGUGGCUCAGGAUGGGGUCGUUUGCGUGGGUAUGCGCCACGCGUAUGGAGUGGUCUCCCUGGCCAAGGGUUUCACAAAGGGGAUACCGAAUAUGCACGGGGCUUCGCACUCCCCGUUGUUAGCCUUUGGUGAGGGUGGCGAUGUUUACAUGCGUUCUCAUCAUUGUGUUUUUACAACCUCGAUGGCAAAUAUACCGACCACAAGCACUCCUUAUUCCGUGUUUACCGCCUCUGCGUUGACUUCCCUGCCGCCAAUCGCUGCGCUCCCAACCGCGUUUGUUGACUCCCCUUUCCAGGGUCGAGUUUACCACCUCCGGGACGAGGUGCGGGCGAUGGUUUCACGAUUUCCGUUUUUUUUCGCUUUCUACGCGGAUGACUGUGAUGUGUUUUUCGUUUUUGAGGAGGAGCCGAUUGAGAGGUUGCAGUUGCCAGGUGUCUAUUUUGCUCCUAAGUUUACACGCGGAAAACGGGUAUUUCUGGCAGGAGCACGCACGCUAUGGAUGGUGACGAUGCGGGGGAUUCAACAUCAGCUCGUAGCGCUGAUCGAGCGGUUUAAGGUCGAAGAAGCUUUUGAGCACCUGGCUGCCUACAAGAGGGACACGGGCAGCCUUCAGCUGGAGCUGGAGCAGGGGUUAAGGAAAAUGACGGGAAUUGCAUGCCUCAAGCGUGCCCAACCCUAUCGAGCGAUGCGGUAUUUUGGGGAAACCAUAAACCCGAGGGAGUUGGCGAUGCAUCUCCCUGAAUGCAUCCCAUUGCCCUGUCUGCACUCCAAAGGGCAUUCCGCGAUGUUACCGAGCCUGUUCCACACCGCCCCACCCAUAGCCAAGACACAGGCCGACAAUGUUGGGGAGGGACCUCCCCAGGCAGGAUGCACUACCCCCUUACCUUCCUUGCAGGCCGACGCGCACGACCGGGAAGGUGAAGAUAAAUGCCACACCCCCAACGGAGGGGGUGAGCAUUAUCCAAGAAUGGCCGUCAGGUCCAACUGUGAGGACUGGUGCCGGGGUUCGUCCUGGAACUUGCCGGUUGGUGGUCUUGAGCGGGCUUGGCGUGAAACCUACGAGACCUUUCCUCUCAUGCCGUCCGACCUGUCCAUUUCGUCUUAUCACGCCAGCCCGUGUAGUUCGGAUGGCUUCGAAGCGAGGCGGGCGACGCUGAGAUCAAGUUUACCGACAAUUGAGGAAGAAGGAGCUGCAAACCACACUUCCGCCCCGGCCGGGGAGGUGGACUCGAUGUCGCGACCUUUGCAUCCCAUUAUACGUCAGGUGCCUAACAUGGGAUGUGUUACCGCGGAAGAGUUCAUGGCGCGGUGCUGGCAGGACUUUGAGGACUCCAUCCUGGAGUACUUUUCAUUUCGACUUUCCAAACUAUGGAAAGAGGCAGUAGUGACUACCGUCAUUGUAUCAAGCGGUGUUGAUGAUUUCAAUCUGAAUAAAUCUAGCGAAAUAUCUCAGGAGAAACUUUCAGCGGCACAAGUAAUGGAGUACGUGCUCUUAGUAUUGGCUUUGAGGCAGCAAGACGACCGGGGCGUCUACCGCGUCGUUUCCACGAGCAUUGGGCUUCAAGUAGCGGACUGUUAUGAUCUCCUUCUGGGGCUAGGGGAGUAUAGAAUUUUGAGUUGCCUGUUAUUUCGUCGCGGCUUUGUUCGUGAUGCAUUUGCUUUACUCCGCUCACGAGUUUACGUUUCGAGUUACUUCUCCCCAAAUCUGCUAUCGAUACAAACACAUUUCUUGAAUGGUCAAACUAAGGCAUGUAAGAGUGAUGGCCAACAGGAAAGCCUUCAUUUUAUGAUUGAUCUCCUUUUAGAAUAUUGGCAACAACGACACGGUAUUACCAUUUACCCUCCGAAUAAGCUUAAAAUGAGCGACGGGAGAGGGAAGCUGCAGGGGCUUGUCGACAAAGAACGGGAAAAGGGCGUGAAUUGGAUCCCAGUUUUGGCCCCUGUGGCCUGCGGGGUAUGGUGUCUUCCGCGGGCAAGCCGUGAGAAGCUUCUGUUUCACUUACUGGGUAUUCCAAUUCCCUCUAUAGAAAAGGGAAUGCCCGCUCCCAGCGUUCUUGGCGUCGGCAUCGAAGCUGCUCCCCGUGAUGUUAAAAGUACCAAAUGCUCGAAGGCCGACUCCAACGUCGUCAAAACACCAUCCGCGCAUGCUAGCGAUGGAUGGCCACGGCAGGUGGCCGAAUUUUAUGUCAAUGGGAUCCAAGAGGUGACCCAGCGAGCUUCAUCUAUUCGGUAUGAUAGUAGGGUAUGGGGGGGUUCACCGACUUCUUUCGACGAGGGAGAGGCUUCAGUAGAGGUCAUUUCACUGGUAGGCCCUCUGGAGUUGGUGUGCAAUAUUCAUACACGCUCAAAGGAUGCGUUUGGUGCAAAUUGCCAUAUUCGAGAGAAUAUCGAUGUGGAUGCGCGUCGCGCCGCCAAUAACAUGUUGAUUGCACCCAAUUCUUUAAGUGAGAUAUUUUUCUUGGUAGACAAGAUGAACUGGUUCGCACUCAGGGAACUCCUUUCUACGAAACCCAAUCACGUUCUAUGCCGGGAUGAGGAAGGCUGCACCGCACUCCAUGUUGCCUUUAGUCAAAUAAUGCGACGUCUGAAGGGCCAGAUGGCCGAUCCUCAUCUUUCUCAUUCACACACUGACGUCGGGGGAUCGAGUUCCUUGUCACUUGGGGAUGCUAGUUCGCAUGGGAGGGAUGGAAAAGAACAAGACCAGAAGGAAGACAAGGACGUUCUCCUCGAGCUGUUGUUAUCAAUAGCAUUACUGUUGGUGAAGGCGGGCUGCCCAACCGCCGCUAUCAACCACUAUGGAAUGAGUUGUCUGGAUCUCCUCGCGGCGGCCGGUGCCGAAGGGUAUGUCGAGAUUGUGGCGUCCGAACUGGCGGCUGCGUUGGAGAUAAAGAUGGUUUGUACAGCUGCCAGUGCACUGUAG